GCCCGCCCAUUGCCCAUCCCUAGCACCCUCUCCAAUGUCCCCAUUGCGCCUGGGGUCCGCCAGCCGUCGCACACGCCUCCACCUGGGCCCGCCCUCGCUGUGAGCGCCUUCUGUGAGCGCCCUGAGAGCACCCGACCCGCCAUGCCCGCCACGGGAGGCAGCAGGGCAGUCCACGCGCCGCCCUCGAAGCCGACAGACAAGGGCAAGAUGGCACAGGCCACGCAGCCGCGCAGAGAGAGCAGCGCGGGCACCUCAGCCCAGCGGCCUGGCAUCAAGACGCGCGCAUACUCGGCUCCCAACGUGCCCAAGAGCGACACCGACGGUGGCAGCGAGCUUGACCGCACCGACGAGGCCAGCGAGGCCGACGAGAUUGCCGACGAUGCCUUCUUCCAGCGCUACCACUUCCCCCAGCCCACGGCCCUCUCCACCCAGCACGAGGAAGGCGACAGCAGCGCCGAAUCCUCGUCCGACACCGAGGGGCCCCUCUCGCCCACCCACCACAAGGACCGCCAGGCCGCCCUCGACGCAGCUUCGGAGCCCUCGACGAGCUCUGCCAACAGCGACUCGGCAUCAACCAUGCAGGACCUCAACAUCGCCGUCAUCGGCGCGCGGGCUUCGGGCAAGUCGACCUUCAUCCGUCGCGCCCUGGGGCUGCCCGACACGGCCACGACGACUUCGUGCUCGCGGCGCAUGACCAUCGACGGCACCCCCUACAUCGUGCGCUUCCUCGAGAUGACCUUCAACGACGUGCAUGUGGGCGACCGCAGCAUCAUCAAGUGGCCCGAGACGAUACACGACUUUGCAACGCCGCGCAUGGACGCCGCCGUUACCCUCUACGACGUCACAAAACACGAGAGCCUGGGCAAGGUCCCGGAGAUGCUGAGCACACUGUCCAAGGCUCACUUGCCCUUUAUCCUCGUAGCCUGCAAGUGCGAUCAGCACCCCGCCCACCGCGAGGUCGAUCCGGCCGUUGUGGAGCAGAAAGCAAAGUCCUUCAUUGGAGACGUGAGCGUGUUUCAGACCUCCGAGUCGUCCCCGGAGACGCACCGAGGAUGCCUGUCCGUCAUCACUCGCGCUGCCAUAGCCGCUAAGCGCCCCAGGUCCCAAGCUUCCAUGGCGCGGCGCCGGGCCAACUCUUCCGCCGUAAAAUCAAUGACCCAAAAGGACCUUUGGAGCCGCAAGCACGAGCGGGCUAGCUCGGAGAUCUCCAUGAGGUUUCAACGGGGUUCUAGCGAGAUCAAGGGCCACCGUUAUAAGCCCAGCGACGCCAACAAAACUUUUUUCAACGCUGAAGAGUCGCCCGGCUAUGAUUCGCAAGAGUCUGAUGACCAGGACUCGGACGCCGGCCAAAGCAUCAUGUCGGUGAAGCCGUCGGAUGAGAAUGGCUACACCUUCGAGCAGCUGGUCGACCGACUCCUCGCCCAGCCCAUGUCCAAGAACGACUCCAAGUUCGUCUCCGUCUUCCUGGCCCUGUAUCGGAGAUUCGCAACCCCGGGCCAGCUACUAGAAGCCAUCAUCAAGCGCUUCGAGUCGCAGAAUAAGGAAAAAGAACUGCCCAUGAUCCGCAUCAUUGCCCAGCUCCGUUACCUGUCGAUAUUGCAACACUGGGUGUCCUACUAUCCCGGUGACUUCGCAUACCCAACCACCCGUCGACUGAUUCGGAGGUUUGCUUCGUCCUUGGCCUUGAACCGCGAGUUCUCCGUCGCCGCAACGGAGAUUAUCCGCGAUCUUGAGAUGGUCACUGAGGAUGACGACACCGACUGGGCAUGCAGCGACCGCCAACGAGCCCAGAACGAAAACAUACCGACGUUCCACAAUAACGUCCUGGACGAAGACUCCGACGAGGACGAGUUUUCAAGAGCACUCGGCCACAUGUCUAUGAGCAGUUCGGCGCGGAAUUCAGUUGCCCGUAGCAGCGUGACUGGCGGUGCUUCAUCAACCAACGGCUCCAUGAGCUCAUCGCAGAUUCUGCUCACCCAAGUCGAGAAGAACGAACGACUCGCUCGACAAUUAGAACCCAAUCCAAUCAAGCCCAUGUCCAAGAUCCAGUGGCACCAGCUUAUGGGUGAAUCGGACGAAGCCAUCGCAAAGGAACUCACCCGGAUAGAUUGGAUCAUGUUCUCCUCGGUGCGACCACGCGAUCUUGUACGUCACGUCAGCUUGAAUGCCGAAGAGAAGAAGCGAUGCAAGAAUCUCGAAAACGUAACACGCAUGACCGAGCACUUCAACCACGUCGCCUACCUCGUCACCAACUACAUCCUCCUACGCGACAAGCCCAAGCACAGGGCGCUCAUGAUGGAGAAGUGGAUGAAGAUUGCACGACAACUUCGGAAACUCAACAACUACAACAUGCUAGGUGCUGUCAUGGCAGGUAUCAACGGCACAGCAAUUGGACGACUGGUAGCAACUCGGGAGCUGGUCCCUCAAGCCACCAACCAAGACUUCUGGAAGCUCGACAUCCUCAUGGGCCAGACCAAGUCGCACUCCGCAUACCGGCUGGCGUGGGAGAACAGUUCCGGCGAGCGCAUACCAUAUAUCCCACUACACCGCCGCGACCUCGUAUCGGCUUCGGAAGGCAACUCAACCUUCGUCGGCGACAAGAAGAAGACAGACUCCGCAUUCGCCCCCCACCCAGGCGUCAGCGUCCUGGAAAGCGUCGUAGGGAAACGCGACAGCCGAGAGCCACCGCCAGGCGGGGUCGUCGGCAAGGAGCGGAUAAACUGGCGGAAGUUUGAGAUCAUGGGCGAAGUCAUCGUUGGAGUACAACGCGCGCAAGGUACUCCGUAUCCGAACUGGCACAGGUGCGAAGAGAUUCGAAAUCUAAUCUUGGAUAUCAAGAUCAACAAAGACGACGAAGAACUCUACGAGCGCAGCACCCAUCUCGAGGCGGGCAGAGCCGACGAGAAGAGCAGGAUCGCAAGAUGGUUCCGAGAGCGUUAGUGCUUCUCUUCUUACUUACCCACCCAUUCCUAGCGCGCAGCUUUUCUUAUCUUCAUCUUUCAUGUUGAGAUCAGAUAAGCUAAGUGCAGGUCUUUGACUACAGCCGGGCGUCUAUCCUUGCCCUCGUUGCCCUCCCUGCCUCCAGCGCAAAACUACCAAGCCGCCGCGAGCACUACCAACUUUGUGCGAAUCUGAGCACACACCACAUCCACACCAUCUACAACACGUCG